AUGCCUGAUCAGGACAAAAAGUUUAAGAGCGCAGAAAAAGCAACAGACAAAAAACCUCGUGGGAUCUCUAUGAGGGAUUAUUCUGAUCUUAAAAGACUUCAGUCUCUCUUAAAUGUUCAGUCAAGGGACCAACAGCUUCCAGCUAUACAUUUUCAAAGUGGUCAAACCAGUGUGACAAGAGCUUGGCAAAAUGUGAAAAGCAAUGAACAAAAAUGCCAUGGUCAAUGGCAAGAAUCAACAGAAGCUGUUGAGCUUGAAAACUUUAGUGUGACCUACAAGAAUGAGAGAAAUUUUAGUGAACAUCCCAAACACAAGCUGUUUCAAGAGAUCUUUACAGCUUUAGUUAAGAACAGACUUACCUGCAGGGAGUGGGUUAAUCAAGCUUCAUCUACACAUUUUCUUAGAGUAUUAAUCUGCCUGAGAUUAUUAAUAAGGGAUCCAUGCUAUCAGGAAAUGCUCCACAGCCUGGGCGGGAUUGAAAAUCUAGCUCAGCGUAUGGAAACAGUAGCAAAUGGCUAUCUUGGUUACGGAGAAGAGCAGCAUAAUGUAGACAAGUUGGUCAACAUGACAUACAUUUUCCAAAAGCUUGCUGCUGUUAAAGAUCAAAGAGAAUGGGUUACAGCAAGUGGAGCACAUAAAACCUUAGUAAAUUUGUUAUCUGCCAGAGACAGCAAUGUGCUUUUGGGUGCCCUCCUUGCUUUGACAAGCCUAGCAGAAAGUCCAGAAUGUAGGGAGAAGAUAAGUGAGCUCACCAUUGUUGAGAACUUGCUGGUGAUAUUACAUGAAUACGAUUUGCUUUCUAAAAGACUCACAGCAGAGUUGCUACGUCUCCUCUGUGCAGAGUCACAAGUCAAAGAGCAAGUAAAAAUGUAUGAAGGUGUUCCAGUCUUGCUCAGUUUACUCCAUUCUGAUCAUACCAAACUUUUAUGGAGUAUAGUUUGGAUUCUGGUACAGAUUUGUGAAGAUCCUGAGACUAGUGUGGAAAUCCGGAUUUGGGGUGGAAUCAACCAGCUUCUUCAUAUAUUACAGGGGGAAAGAAAUUUUGUUUCUGAUCGCUCUUCAGUUGGAAGUUUAUCUAGUGCGAAUGCAGCAGGGAGAAUCCAACAUCUUCAUUUGUCAGAUGAUUUGAGUCCUGAUGAGAUGCAAGAAAAUACUUUCUCACUUCAAGCAGCUUGUUGUGCUGCAAUUACUGAACUGGUGCUCAAUGAGACUAACGCUUACCAGGUUGUACAGGCAAAUGGAAUAUAUACAAUAGCAAAGCUGAUUUUACCAAACAAAGAAAGGAAUGCUGAAAAAGCUAAUUUAUUACAG